AUGGUCAAUUACAUCGACCGAGGGGCCAUAGCCAGUAACGGAAUCAACGGCUCUCCCUCGCACUGCCAGGGGGACAUCUGCGACUCAGGCAGCGGCAUUCAGGGCGACUUUGCUCUCUCCAACUUCCAGGACGGGCUGCUAGCCACGGCCUUCCUAGCAGGUCUCCUCACCGCCUCGCCGCUCUUCGCCCAUGCCUCCAAGCGCCACAACCCCUUCCGCCUAAUCGCUCUCGGCCUCCUCGUCUGGACGCUUGCAGUGGCCGGCUGCGGGCUAUCUCCUGGCCUACUCUCCCUGCUGCUCUGCCGCAUGUUAGUGGGAGUGGGAGAAGCUUCUUUUAUCAGUCUAGCAGCGCCCUUCAUAGACGACAACGCCCCACCGGGCAAGACAGCUCAGUGGCUCGCCACAUUCUACCUCUGCAUCCCCGUCGGCUUUGCUCUGGGCUACCUCUACGGGGGGGUGGCUGGCCCGCUGCUCGGAUGGAGGGGAGCGUUUCUGCUAGAGGCUGCUUUCAUGCUGCCUUUUGUGGUUUACACCGCCACUGCUGUCCCUCCACCCCUCAAAGGAAGGACGCAUGGUACAGCUGCUGCUGCUGAGGAUGACGAGGAGAGGGCAGGAGGGGCAUCAUCAUCACGUGCUGAGGCGACUCCGCAAUCCAAGCAUGCUGAUGGGUCUCUGCUGGACGACUCGCUUUCCCUCGCUCGCAAUGAGAUUUUCACCAUCAAUGUUCUCGGCUAUGCGGCCUAUACAUUCGUGAUCGGAGCAUACGCCUACUGGGCCCCCAAGGCAAUGAGGGAGAUCUUCAAUGAGGAGAGGGCGGAUGCACUGUUUGGAGGCAUCACGGUGGUGACGGGCGUGGGAGGCACGCUGUUUGGAGGUCUCAUGCUCGACCGCAUGGGAGCAACCAUCCCCAACGCACUGCUGCUGCAAUCCCGGGUGACAGUGGUGGGAGCCCUUUUCUGCCUCCUCGCCUUCGCCUCGCCACACAUACUUCUCUUCGUCCUCUUCAUGGCUGUCGGGGAGUUCUUCAUCUUUGCCAUCCAGGGUCCAGCCAACAUAGUGUCACUGCAGUGUGUGCCAUCCAACCUCAGAGCCCUCGCAAUAGCCGCUGCAACCGUCGUUGCUCACCUGCUGGGUGACGUGCCCUCACCGCCCAUCCUCGGCCUCCUUCAGGACAUGGUGGGCAACUGGCGCAUCAGCAUAGGGAUAUUCACUGCCGUGCUGCUGCCUGUCCUCCCCUACCCGUGCAACGCUGGUGGUACCGUGCCUCCUUCUUACAACAACCAGACAGUUCAGCACAUCCUCCACUCCAACUCCCCCUCACCCUUUGUCGCUAUCCCCCCCUUGCAAUCUUCAUCUUGA